AUUGCAGGCUUAUGUGUAUUAAAGACUAAUAUUGGAAUAAAGAUUAACAAAUCAUUUAUUGUGGCGCCUAGUACACUCUUGGGUAAAAAAUAAAAUGGCCCAAGCACAAAAUGGCUAAAUAUUAAGCUUUUAAUGGUCUUAACAACAAAUCAUUGGUCAGGAAAUUAGCAAGAAUGAUAAAGUAGAUAAAGUAACUUAGUAUGUGAUAGCGUCUCAAUUUGAUUUCUUUAAAUAUUUCACCCUUGUGUAAACUUGCGGACAGCUUUUUAUUUUUAUGUGGGGGGGUCGAAAAUGGUUUAGCUUUUAGCACGUUUGUGUUACACCUCCAGGGUUGGGGGUUCAAGUCCCGCCUCUGCCCUGCAUGCGUGGAGGUUGCAUGCUCUCCCUGAGCCCUGGGGACUCCCUCCGGGUAUCCUGGUUUCCUCCCCCAGUCUAAAGACACGUGUUGUGGGCUGAGUGGUAUUUCCAAAUUGUCCGUAAUGUGUGAAUGUGUGCGAUUGUGCUCUGUCAUAGUUUGACCCCGAGUUCCUUGUGAUAGGCUCCAGCCUCCCCGUGACCCUGGAUAGGAUAAGCGGUACAGAAGAUGGAUGGAUGGAUGGAUUUAUUUUAUGUUUUUUUUUUGUUUUUGUUUUUUUUUUACUUUCUUUUAAUUUUGUACACCUAGGCAUGUGUUACUUUGAAUGUUACAUGAAACAUUUCAAUAACUAUCAUGAUUUUCACCUUUGCGUACAAGAAGACUAUAUAAGUGAGUUUCCCUGUUUCUAGCUUUUCCCCAAACAGUGCAGUGCAGCAAAAGUACACAAGCAAAUCGUGGCACAGGAUAUCUCAGGAGUGCAUGUGUUUAAUUCUUACUCAUUUUCUGACCAAUGUUUUGUUGUUAAAACCAUUAAAAGCUUAUUAUGUUGCCAUAUUGUGGUUGGCUCAUUUUUAUUUAUUUAUUUUGCCCAGAAGUGUAUGCCUUCCUGUGUGUUUGUGUGUGGCUUGGAUGAAACUCAAGUGUGACUCAACAGCCGAGGUUGCCGGGAAUGCUCCUUUAAAUCGGAGUCAAAAUGUUGGGAGAGGGGGCGGAGCUAAAGUUCACACUCCUGUCACUCAACGCUAUUCCAGAGAAUUCAGCUCGAGGAUCCAGCAGCACGAAGCUGGAAUGAGAUGUGUGUGUGAAGGGGAAAGCGUAUAUCUCACCUCACUGCCCGCGGACUCUCCCGGCACAUAAACGGUAAAAGUGUGUCCGAGUGUCCUGCUAAACAGAUGGCGGUGUCGCGUGAGAGUUGCGCCGCUGCCCAGGUGAGCGCUUUCUGUUCAACACGGAGGCAAAUGAGCGCAGCUCCGAGGCGCGCGCGCACCUGGCCGAGCCACGCUAAUGCAGUCAUGCUUCUACUUGCCGCUUGAGAGACGCUGGCGCUACUUGCGGAUCCUUCGCCGUUGUUCGGAUAAGAGAAUUCACUCCAGCGCUGAUCUUGUCAUUUGAAGACAUUUGAGACGGGUUUUUUUUGUGUGUGUUGUUUGAGACAUUUUGACGGGGCAUCGAUGGAGAGGUGGGCGUUGUUUCUCUUGCUCGCGUGCGGCGCUUCUCACUCUGCGCGUUCAGGCUGUGAGAACCGUGUAUGUAAUCCUCGUAUGGGCAACCUGGCCACUGGGCGCCCCAUGCUCACAGACACGCAGUGUGGCUCCACCACACCAGAGUACUUAUGUAGGUAUGACGAUGGCAGCUGUGUACCGCAGUGUGAAGUGUGUCACCCUCAUGCUCACCCACCCACCUCCAUGACCGACUCACCCUUCACACAGCCACCUACAUGGUGGCAGUCGGCCGGAGACGCCAUCGCUGAAACAUUACAGUUGGACCUGGAGGUGGAAUUUUACUUUACCCACUUGAUUGUGAUCUUCCACUCGCCACGCCCUGCAGCCAUGACUGUGGAGAGUUCGCGGGAUUUCGGGCAUACAUGGGGCACCCUGCACUUUUACGCCAGCAACUGCAGCUCCUGGUUUGGACUGAAAGAUGGCCAUGGCUGUACUGAGAAAUACUCAUCACCAAGGCCAUGUAGUGGUGGAGAGGUUAUAUAUCGUGCUCUCUCUCCCUGGGGCAUAUUAGAACCCUACAGCUCAGAGGCUCGUGCCCAACUUGGCAUCACCAACCUCCGAGUGCGCCUUCUGCAGCCUCAACCAUGGCCAUGUCAGCUCAAAGAGAGUAAUACCAGCCUCCUCAGUGUCCCCUAUGCCAUCUCUGACUUCAUCCUGAAGGGAGCCUGCUUGUGCCAUGGCCAUUCUGAUCAAUGUGUGCCAGCCAGUGGCUACCUGGCCACACACACUCGUGACCUCCAUGUGGUGCAUGGCAAGUGUGUGUGUCAGCAUCACACAGCAGGUGAUCACUGUGAGAGAUGUGAUCGUCUCUAUAAUGACCGGCCAUGGAGACCUGCAAGUGGUCUAACUGGAGAAGCUCACCAGUGUGCUAAAUGCAAGUGUAAUGGACAUGCAGAGAGCUGCCACUUUGACGUAAGUGUGUGGGUGCAUUCUGGUCAGAGAAGUGGAGGUGUGUGUCACUGCUUGCACAAUACAACAGGUCGACACUGUCAGCAUUGCCAGACUGGCUUUUACAGACAUCCAGAGAGACUACUGACUGCUGCCAACUCCUGUACAGCUUGCUUGUGCGACCGUGUUGGAACUGAGAGUUGUAACCCUGCUAAUGGGGAUUGUAUGUGCAAGCCUGGUGUGGCCAGCCCGCUGUGUGACAAAUGUAUGCUGGGAUACUGGGGUUUCAACCAGUAUGGUUGCAGACCUUGCCACUGCGCAGGUGACUGUGAUCCAUACAGUGGAGACUGCAUGACGGGGUCAGAUCCUGAUCACAACACCACCUUAUUUCGAGUGGAAGAGCUUUUUUCUGCCCUGAACUUCCAAGAGAAAUGUGUCUGCAAACAGCAGUCCCUUAGGAACAGAAAAAUCUUCUGCAUUAUGAAAUAUUCCUAUGCUCUAAAGGUUAGAGUGCUGGCAGCACAUGAUAAGGGCUCUCAUGCCGAGGUGGAUGUUAAAGUUCUGAAGGUGCUGUGGAGCAGCUCCACCCUGAGGCUCAUGCAAGGAACUGUCACUCUGUAUCCAGAGUCCUGGACCACUCGAGGCUGUACCUGCCCUGUACUGUACCCAGGGGAGGAAUAUCUCGUUGCUGGGCACCAUGAUGUGAGGAAAGGUCGACUUCUAGUCAACAUGAAGAGUUUAGUGAAGCCAUGGAGAGCCAAUCACAGUCAUCGAGUGCUACAGCUCCUUAAAACUAAAUGCACCGGAGUUAGAUAGCAACAGAGAGCGAGAGCGAGAGAGAAAGAAUGUGAGAGAGAGAGAGAUUGAGUGAGAGAGAGAGAGUGAGUGGGCUGUGGUCAAAUUUACACACUGUCUUGUGCAACUGUGUAUGUGAACUGAAUGUUGAGAGAUGAGAUCGGUUAUGAAUGUCUGUUGUACAGAAUGUAUAUUCAUUGAAUGUACAUAUUAUAAUGUAUGAAAUUUUGUAUCUUUUGGAGCCUGUACAUAACUUGCCAUUUGUAUAUAAUGUCCUGCUGAAAAUAUGCUCAUAAAAUGCAAUCAAAAAUGGCAUAGGACAGACAACGAAAAAACAUAACUGGCACUUUUUGAAAUGAUUUCUUCUAGGACCCUGCUUAAGGAAAAUACCGACUUUGGUGAAACUACUUGGAGACUAUUCUUUAAAUAAAUAACUACUGUUUCUAUUCAUGCCCAUCUCUUCUGCAUCAGUAGAUAAUACAAUACCAGUCUUAUCAUAUGAAUACUCCCUUUUUAUUCUAAUCUCAAUCCACUGCAUUUAACAGCGUAUGUGGGAUUACUUCAAAUAUUAACAUGUCCUGUACUGAGAAAAGGACAGAAAAUCUCUUUACUUAAACCACUCAUAAUGGAAGCCUGAGGGUAUUUGCUCAAUUCCAUCAAUAAGAGUUUAAACUAGACUGCAGAACACGUUCAAAAGGACAGUAAUUAUCCUGUAACAAUUAAGUCUUAGGAAGAGACAGACAUGAGAGAGUAUAUCGCCAAAAGUAGUUUUAAGGUGAUAAAUACCUGCGGGCGUUGCAAUUAUAGGGAAUAAUUUAUCUUCAUAUGUUUUUGGGUGGUUGGAAGAAACCCACAUGGACAUGGGAAGAACAUGCACAAGAUCAAACCUUCGACCCUGGAGCUGUGAGAUGGAAAUGCUACCCACUGUGCCACCCUGCCAGAUUUUGUCUCCAUUUUAUAAAUUGUAAUCUGUUAAAAUGUAUUUUGUAUGCUGAGUAGUGGCAGAAAGUAAUUCAAACAUUUUAUAAACUAUUUAGCCCUGUUAAGAUCCGUAAUAAAAUAUUUGUUCUAUGAUAAAACUGAUUGAUGACAUGAUUUGAUGAUCACAUUGUUGUAUCAUAAAUGUAUUUAUGAUUUAUGUAAUCGUUUAAUGAGUUUAAUGUAAUCGUAAUUUAUUGCCUUAAGAAGUUUUUGAUUAACUUAAACAGGUGUGUUAGAUCUUGGGCGGAGGAAGGUAGAUCUUAAAAUACCAGACAAUAACUUGGAAAAGGUGACUGAACCUGACAUUUGUUUCUAAACCAGGGAUGGGCAGUUCCAGUCCUGGAGGGACACUGCACUCUCCUGAAGAGUUUAGCUCCAUCCCUAAUCAAACACCCGAAAAAUCUAACCAAAGUCUUCAGGAUUAUCUUGUUUGAUUAGUGUUUUUGUGGGUAAACUAACUAA